AUGUCAGAAUCAAUUCACCGGAUAAGAAAGACGUCACCGGACGCAAGCCGUGGCCGGAGCUCCAGAACCAGACGUCCGAGGAAGCACCAACUCUCCCGUCGUAUUCCUACUAAGAUUCGUUCAAAAUCUACUAAGAUCUUCAAUCGAAGCUUCUCGGAGCCGAAUCUCCACCAAAACAUCGCUGUUAAUGAUGAUGAUGAUCGACGUUGCUCUACGCCGGUGAUAGAUCUCCCGGCGGAAGAACCCGAGCAGAUCGUUUACCUGUCUAAGAUCCGCUCGGAGGUUUUCGCUUCAGCUCCGUCGUUAUCUGGAUUCUCUUCGCCGUCUUCUUCUUCUUCUCCGAUUAACCAACAGGUUUACAAGAGAGAAGCAGCAAAAGUUGUGAUCAAUGUAUCAGUAGAAGGAAGUCCAGGACCAAUAAGGACCUUGGUUAAGCUUAGCUGCAAUGUCGAAGAGACGAUCAGGAUGGUGGUGGACAAGUAUUGUAAAGAAGGACGAACACCGAAACUCGACAAAGAUCUUGCCUUUGAGCUGCAUCAGUCUCACUUCAGCAUCCAAUGUCUGGAGAAAACCGAAGUAAUUGGUGAGAUAGGGAGUAGAAGCUUUUACAUGAGAAAGAGAGAACCGGAGAACCGGAUUCCGGUUGGAAGGAGCAUACCGUCGUCGAAUUUGAUUGGAUCGUUCAUUGCUCAGACGAUUGGGAGAAUCGUGAGGAGGACAAAGAAGAUUUGGAACAUUUUGAGAGACAGAGCAAGGCGGCGGAAACAGAACGUCGCGACACGGCGGAGGAUGGGCGAUCUACUAGAUUGGAUCAUCUCCUUCUUAUUCCUCGUUACACUUCUCAUCAUCGUUAUUUACCAGCUGACAUGUUUUGCGGAUCUAGAGGCUGAUCACAUAAACCCUUACGAUUCAUCUACCAAAAUAAACCGAGUGGUUCUACCGGAAUUCGGUUUGCAAGCACUUCUUUGUGUAUACUAUGUCUUCACCGGACAUUGGUUCAUGGCGGUUUUGUCUCUUCCCUACCUUUUCUACAACAUAAGACUAUUCAUGAAGAAGGAACAUUUGGCAGACGUGACAGAGAUGUACAAUAUAAACAAAUGGGAGCAAAAGAAACGUAUUUACAAGAUUGGUCAUAUCGCUCUCUCAAUCUUUAUCACAUCCUACUGGUUGAUCCAUUCGGCAUUGGGAGACAUCUAG